AUGUGUCAAAAGCACCUAGUUGGUUGACUUAGUUCUGAGUGAUAAAGUGUUGUUAAUCAGUUUUGUAGGAUGGUUUAUGCACUGUGUUAACUGAGUGAGCAGACCCCCUUCCCCUCCCUGUCAGCAGGUGUCUGUGAGGUGAAAAGGGAUCUCUGUCCUCCACUGUCCCGGGCAAUGAGGUGGAAAAUGAGGGGUGGAGAAACACACCCCCCUCUCAAGACCGACUGGGUCGUCCAUGCGUCUCUCCGUCCCCCUCUCUCCCUCCUUCCCUCUCCUCUGUCUCAGUUUGAAUACAGCUGCAAUGUAUGAAUUUAGCAGGGUACUUAAACAGGCCGGCAAUCUGUCACUCUGUUUCUUUUCCCCACGCUCCUCUCUGCUCUCUCUUCUGACCUGACCUCUUCUGACUCCCACAGCCAAACUCACUCUGGCUCUCAUUCAAACUCAAUCUGUGUUCAGUGCUAAUCCAAUCACUGUUUAUGGAUGAUGUCUCUCUCAACAGCCAUCAUCCCCUCUAAUUCUACAAUGGUCCCAGUGUGUUGGGGUGAUAAUCUCUCUUGUUGUGAUUGUGUUACCGCUUGGAAUGGUUUUUAUCUGGAGUGUUUGAGACCUCAGAGGAGAUCAAGUCUGUGGUUUAAAUCUCAAGUACCAGAUAAGUGUGCUCUUACUAAAGAAGAAUGCCUUUUGCAUUCUUCUUGGGGUUUUCCAGCAAAUGUGCAGCCAUGAAUAACACACACACAGAUGACUAAUGAUUAAGAGGGAUAGAGGAAUAUUUCAGCAAUGAAAAUCUCUUGACUUUGAAGAGAUUCAACAAAAGGACUCAGAAAUUAUGCUUUGACUUUCCACAGUAAAUGUUAGUGAGAAACAGAAAAUACAUUCCAGCUAAACAUUUGCAUUAAACAGAUACUAUUUUAAAGGAAAACAACUCUAUUACAACAUAUCUAUUUGAAGGUCUGAUCAUAGUGAUUGAUUUAAAGCGGCAAUCAGCAGUUGAAACAGUAAAGUCCCCGCCCCUGUUUUGGUAAAAAGCUAAGGGAGGGGGCUGAAGAAAUGUAACAACUCUCAAAUUCAAAGACAGAGCUAUAUAAAGACUGCACUGCAUAUAUAGACCAUGUCCAGGGUUUGCAUUUACUUUGUUUACAACCAUUGGGAUAAAACAAGCUAAUAUUUUGGGUUCUGAUGUGAAGAUUUCCCCUUUAAUCAAGUAAAAAAUACAAGCUAACCUUAAUUUAUGCUUUUGUCUUAUGAUAUUUUAAGGCUGAUUCAAGAGGUGUGUAAUUGUUUCAUUUUCAGUGCUUCCCAAAUGUCUCUGUGAAACAUAAGCCCUCAUGUGUCCCUUAAACCACCUGUAGUGACUCACUGUGUCAAAUAGAAUCUGAAUUCACUACUCGUAAGUGUGACCCCAUGGUGACCGUCAGGGGAGUCCCUGAGGAGCAUGUGAGAGUAUGUCUGCUGUCCAGUGAAUGUGUCAGAGAGAGAGGACCCAGCAGAAGGCCAGGGGCUGGUGUCUGACACUGAUUUGUAAAGGAGACAAUACGACUCAUUGACCUGCCUGCUCUACUGUCUGUUGCUCAUACCUCACCCUGUCCUCCCCAGUGGAUUCACUGCUCUUUAAACAGGGGGAGCAGAUUGCCACAGGCCAGGAAGCGGUGGGGUGGGGUGGGGUGGUAGAGUAGAGUGACGGGACACAGGUUGCUUUGACAAUGAGAUUCCUCAGAGAGUUCUGGGCACUAGAGAGAGAGAGUUUCAUGCCAAAAGUUAGACAUUUAGAGGCCGGAAAUCUUUAUACAUAUAUAUUAGUUUGUAGCACUAUAAAUACUGUAUAGCUACAAACAGGACAGGGCAAAAAGAUUUAUAAAAGGAUUUUGUAAAAAUGCAACCAUUCAACACAGCAUAAACCCUCACGUUGCUUUUCCAAUUAUCCGCAAUUAUUAUCUCUAAUUUCUCUAUAUAGUUUCUAUUAUUUAAUGGGAAAGAAUUUGGAACUUUCAGUUUGAGAAGAUAUAUUUCCAUCUUUUUUCUUUCCCCCUCUAUUAUUGUAAACAAACAACCUACUACUCAUGUUAUCCAUUCCCAUUGUCAGAGUUUGGAGAUGACCUUUUCUCUCCUCCCUUUUCUCCCUUCUCCCUUCUCUUUUUCACUGUUGGGGGCAAGCUGUUGCUCUGUCCCUGCGGGCCCCUCCCUCUCUUGUCUGCACCCUAUCUCCUCCCUCCCUCUCUCUCCUUCUCUAUUUUCUCCCUCUCUCCACCUGUUGAUGCCAUUGUUGUACAGACAGCAUUGUUGUCUUUUUAUUAUUUUAUGUCAGUCACUAUGUUACCACCCUCUUUUCCUUUCAUUCCCUCUUCAGCACACCCUCUCUGUCACUCUCUUUCUCUGGGGGCUAUAAAACCCAGCCAGAGGAGGUUCGGGCUAAGAUUCACACCAGCACCACACAGGAACACACACAUACAGAGGGGCGAGGAAAUAAAAGGACAUCCAACAUAGCAGUGACAAGAAGAGAGUUCAAUUGAGUUGGAUUAGUUGCAGAUUUUCAGCACACAUAUUGGUCCUACAUUCUCUCUCCUUACACUGACAGAGUAACAUUGACUUGUUGUAUCCCACUUUCUGGACCGAGAGGAACACAAACCCACCGAGGUAGUUGUGUGUGUGGGCUGAGCUGAGGGAUGUCUGUGUCUGUGUCUCUGUGGUGUGAGGAGGAAGUCCGAGGCCAGCAAGGCCAGGGAGCCCAGCAGGGCCAGGCCAGGGGCCAGUCACAGCUCCGGGCCCCCUGGGACCCCAGCGUGUCUGGGCAGCGGAUCAUCCAGAGGCUGCUACAGGUGGAAGAGAGAUAUCUGCCCUCCGGCUUCUACGUCGCCCUCAUCCAGAGAGAGCCGGAGCGCAGAGAGGAGCUCGCCAAGUGGGUUAUGGAAGUAUGCUGUGAGCGUGGCUGUGACGAAACAGUGUUUCCCCUGUCUGUCUCUAUGUUGGACCGCUUCUUGUCUGCCUCCCUGUCUCUCCCUGUCUCACCCUACUGCCUGGCUGCAGCCUGCAUCCUCAUCGCCUCCAAACUAACAGAGUGUGACACAAUCUCUGCUGACUCUCUUUGUGCUGCAGCUGAGUACAGCUUCCUGCCCUCCAACAUAUGGGAGAUGGAACGUGUCAUCCUUGCGACUCUUCGAUGGGACGUUGCUGCGGUAACCCCUCAGGACUUCAUUCCACAUUUCCUUCCCCCUGUAGGGGAGAGGAAGGAUGGAAAGACAGACACAGAGGAGUUCUUCUCCACACUGCGUCGGCAUAGUGACACCCUGGUUGCCAUGUGUGUCUGCGACUACCGUUUCCUGGGAGCCCCUCCAUCUCUGGUUGCUGCGGCAGCGCUGAACUCUGCCCUCCGGGGGUUGGGCAACAAGGGUCCAGGCCAUCUGGGUCAUAUGAGUGCUACACUGGCAGAACUGUGUCAGACUGACCUGAUGGUGUUGCAGUGUUACAGUGAAUUGAUAGAAGCUGCCCUCAAACAACGGCUCAGAGGUGGACUCCAAGACAGUGCCAUGGAGAAGGAUGGAGAAAUAGAGGAUGAAAGAGCAGGCACUCCUACUGAUAUGAGAGAGAUUGAUUUCUAAACACUAAAUUGUGUGAGGCAAGCGCGAAUCAAUCAAAGUCCUGCAUGUAGCUCAUCAGUGAAACUGAUAUCAACUCUUUAUGACCUCAAAUGCUCUACAAUUUAUUAUCAUAUUUUAAUUUAAUAAUAUUUUAAUUGAAUAUUGUUUAUUUAUUCAUUGUGUUUCUUGUGCCAUAUUUAUUAUCUAUUUCAUGACUGUGAUUCUUUGUCAUUAUGUUGUUGAUAGUAUGUCCUUAAUCUAUUAUUUAUCAAUUUAUUUAUUAUGUGCAAUUACAUAAUGUUAAUUUAUUUCAAUUCACAAUUGUUUGUGUUUGUAUGUGAAGUGACAAGGUAAUUGAUUAAAUAAUAUGCAUAGCUAUCUAUUUUAAUUAAAUAAAUACAUACUUUUUACCUGUU